AUGGUGACGAGAGAAAAGAAACGUCUUAUCUUCCGUUGGCAGAAGGUGCUGUGGAUGUCAACACUCUCGCUACAAGGAACUAAUGCAUUCUUGGAAGCCGGGAGGAAACCCCGGCCGCGGUGUUGUCCUCUUCAAUCCCCAGUUGCACUGCUACCGCUACAGGAGAAAUCUUUGGUCAGUACCAUCGGUUACCCUACUGCCAGCAGCACUUGUCUCCCCUCUUUGAGGCUAAGUUUUCUGGAGGACUUUGCUCCCAGCACCACCCAGCUUGUGCCCAUAUUCUCCUUCGUGUCUACGCUGUGGAAACACGCGCAAGGAGUAUUUGAUCCCCUCUUUCAGCCAGUCCAGGGGCAGAAGCUCCAAGCAUUGUCGGGGGCAGUGACAGCCAAUUUGGCAAGCUUAACUUUCUGGAAGGAUUUCACAGCAUCGUUGCAGCGCGUGGGUGAAGUUUCUUUUCUCACUCUGCUAUUCGUUUCGUUGAUGCAAGGUGGAGUGGCCGUGUUUCAGUAUAGAACAAACCCUAGUGGAGAAUUAAUGGUGCCUCCAGGGCUUACUGUUGGAGAAGAACUACCACUCCAACAACUGCCACUGAAGAAUGGAACCCAGCAACUUACACCCACUACCAUGGCGUCCUUGAUACGAUCAGGAGCUCAGUCCAACUCUACAACUACGGGCACUACAGACACUACAGACAAUGCUCUUUUUGCAAGAUUGAAUGCGCAACGACAAGAGCUGCAGGCUCUGCUUUCUGUUGAUGAAGAAGAGGAGGGCAAUCUCCAAGAGCAAAGCCGGUAUGCCAGGAUUCUACAUCGUGUCAAUCGUCUGCUGGUGGUGUUGGUUCCGUGGAUAGCUGGGCACGCCACUUUUAUUUUACAAAGAAAUGCACACCUGUUUCACAUUGGAUCGAUCCUGACUCUAACGAGCAUCUUUGAUACACCCCAAAGCUUCAUUCAAGGAUAUCAAAAAAGGAUGGUGGCUCAGACCAAUGCCUCAUCCCUUGCAAAACCAAGUCAAUUCAGUCUUUCACAAGGCGAUCAGGAGCAUUUGGUGGUCAUUGGAGAUUCACUGGCAGUAGGUUUGGGCAGCGUUGACAAGUAUGACAAAAACAAAAACAACGACCUUCCCUUCUACCGAAUAGAGAAUCUUGGCAACCCCCCUGAGGAAUUGACCACGUCCAGCAGCUCACAACAAUCCCAAGGCAGCAACCAACGAAAGAAAGCAGGGCCAGCGUUUCCAAAGUCUCUCGCACGAACGUUGGCGCAAAGGCUCGAGAAACCUGUUAAAUGGCGGUCGGCUGGAGUCGACGGCGGAGACAUUGAAAACAUACGAAAAUACUGCCUUGGCGUCAUUGAAGAGGAAAUCUCUGCGGGGAGGACACCGGAUGCAGUAGUGAUUCUUUGCGGUGCAAACGACAUGAAGUACUGCUUAUCGAAUCCCUUACAAAGGUACAACUGGCCCAAAGCUUUCCGCUCCAAAUUGAAAAAGCUCAUUGAAGACAUCCAAGCCAUGGCACCAGAAGUGACCAUCAUCCUCCCUGCCCUUCCAACUCAAACAUUCCACAAGAACUCGCCUCUGAAUGUGUUUCCUCUUGGCUUCCUGGUGGACUCUAUGAUGGGCUUUUGGGACUCGCAAAAGAAGUGUGUAGCAGAUUCCUUCGACUCAAUAGGAGUCCAGUACAUUGGAUUGUCACCCAGAGAAGUUGGUAAUUGGUACAAGGUCUCGCAUGAACCACACGAUAACAAACCGUCACCUCCUCGAGCCGUGACACUGCUUGCACAAGACGGGGUCCACCCGAACGCACGGUGCUACACGAAUUGGGCACAGGCAAUUGGCAGAAAAGUGAAACGACAGUUUGGCAAGAACCAAGUCAAGGCCUGA